AUUGCCGGAAAAAUAGAAAUAACGUCGUAAGCUUGUAUGGCUACAUGUUUCCAAUGUAGAACGCGUAGUCCACUGUCAAUCUCUUUUUAAAGAGAAUAGAGGCGAUGGUUGAAUUUUCAAGGUGAUAUUUGUCACCAUAGCCUAUUCAUCUAGUAUAGUGAUAAUCAAUGUAGUUAGUCAAGUCUACUGCUUUCUCAUACUGGUUUCUCCCGAGACCUAAAGUGAAUAGAUGCCCACCUAAAAGUAAACAUAAUGGCAUCAUAUAACUCCAACGGAAGUCACGUUGUUGUGGAAGUAAGCCCGGAUAUCCACAUCUGUGGCUUCUGCAAACAGCAGUACAACAACUUUGACGUGUUUCUGGCCCACAAGCAGAAUGGCUGCUCCAUGCCCUCAUCAGACAUGCCAGACCCCACCACAGCAUCCAACCUCACAGAUUCAAGCACAGAGUUUGUUUUUGAGGAAACAUACCAGACGUGUCUUAUGAGAGGUGUCAAAAAGAUCCUGACCAAAGCCCAGAAAACACCUUCCAAAAAGUUGAAACCUGCCCUGACUUCAAAGAGACGCAGCUGCUGUUUCUCAGGUUGCACCUUUAAAACGCAAUAUGGCCAAAAAGAUAUGGAGCGACAUCUCAAAACCCAUACCGGGGAGAAGCCGUUUGAGUGCGAGCUCUGCCACAAGCGCUUCAGCCGGCGGGACAAGCUCAACAUGCACAGCCGCUCGCACACGGGGGAGAAGCCGCACAAGUGCACGUACUGUCCGUACGCGGCGGCGGACAGCAGCAGCCUGAAGAAACACCUGCGUAUCCACUACGACGAGCGGCCCUUCAAGUGCCAGAUCUGCCCCUACGCCAGCCGCAACUCCAGCCAGCUCACAGUCCACCUCCGGUCACACACUGGGGAUGCACCUUUCCAGUGCCAACUGUGUGAAGCGAAGUUCAAGAUCAACUCUGACCUCAAGAGGCACAUCCGCAUCCACUCUGGGGAGAAGCCAUACAAGUGUGACUUCUGUGACUACCGCUGUGCCAUGAAGGGCAACCUCAAGUCUCACAUCCAGAUCAAACACAGCACCAAUGUCUUCCAGUGCCUGGACUGUGACUUCCAGUGCCAGAACAAGACUGUCCUGAGGCAGCACUCACGCCAGCACCAGCCCACCCAGCCCAUCCAGUGUUCCAAGUGCAGCUACUCCUGCUCCAGCAAAGGAGCCCUCAAGGUCCACGAGAGGAUCCACUCCGAGGAGCGCCCCUUCAAGUGUGACUUCUGCAGCUUCGCCACCAAGCAGCGCAGCAACCUGGUCAUCCACAAGAAGAAGUGCCACGCCGACAAGCCCGAGAAAGGCGCUGGCGGCAAAGGAGGGAAGUGUUGUCGAGGCGGUGGAGAUGAUCCGCCCAAGCCGGCGAGUUCGCGGUACCGCGCCAAGCUGGAAGCGACGCGUGCCUUCCGCUGUGACGUGUGCGAAGCCUCGUUCGUGAGAGAGGACUCUCUGAGGAGCCACAGGAAGCAGCACAGGGAUUCCCAGCAGGCCGGGCUGCAGCGCUCCCCCCCGGGCAGCAGUGUUGGCCUAAGCCCUGCUGCCGCCUGCAGGCAAGCCAGCUCCCAGCUCCAGGGUCCCCAGGCCUCCUCGGAGCCCUUAGCACCUUACGGCAGUGCCCAGCUUAAGAUCAUUGUAUCCCACCCACUGGGCCAGGAAGGCUCCUUUCUGCAGACUGGCAUAGAUGGGCAUCAGCAUGGCAAGACUGGCACAGUCCUGCUGAGCACCGAGAGCCAGGACAUGGUGGUCAACUCCAUGAUCCAGCAGGUCAACCUGCUGUCCCCCAUGCAGCACCUGGGCUCCCAGGCAGAGGGUGCCCUGGAGCCCCACACUGUCCUCCUGACCCAGCUCUCCCCUGGGGACAGCAACCCGCUCCACCAGGCUCUGCUCCAGACGGCCAUCACCUCCCAGGAGUCCUGCAGCCCCAGCCAGACCUUCAUCACCACCUGCUCCGACCUGGAGGGCCUCAGCGCCCUCAUACAGGAGGGCGGGACGGAGGUGACCGUGGUGACCGAGGGAAACGGCUCCAUGGUCGCCGUGCCCUCGGACGGGGGGUGUGAGGGUGUCUCGGAGGAGCUCUCGGGGCAGACGCUGCCGGUGACAGUGGUGCAUGGGGACGGUGGCGCCCCCUGCGGGGACGGUGGUCUGCUGGUGCCCAACAUCAGCUUAAGCAGCCAGGGCGUGGUGAUCCACAGUUUACCCCUGGUGGUGUCCGCCCCUAGCCAGCAGACAGGCCUGGAGCAGCUGUCCUCACACAGCCUGUACUCACACACGCACACCCUGGAUGGACUGCCUCACUGACACAGACCAGGGUUGUUACAGGAAAGCUCACCCAUCCAAGCUGUAGAAUGUAUAGCAUAUAAGCUGUUCGUUGGCAAUUAUUAUGUUGAGGAGGUCCUUUGAGAUCGUACCUUUAGGGACCCCUUGUGAAUGACCUGAAAAUGACUCUUUUAGUUUCUUCCUGUUCUGGAACAUCACUCAUCUGUUAUGACAGGAUGGGGAACAGCUCCAUAGAGGAGGAAGCUCUAUCGACCUGUCCCAAACUGUUAGAUCCCAGUUGAUCUGAAAAGUGGAAGGGAAUGGGACAUUCUUGAUCUUGGUCGGUCUUAUUUAGUUCUAUGUAGUUCAGCGAUACAUGUGGUCUCAUGUAUUUCUGUGCUGUUCUAUGUAGCACCAUGGUCCUUUGUUUCAUUGUGUACUUUACCAUGUAUAUGAUUGGAACAACAAUAAAAGCCACUUGACUUGACUUGAUUCAACAGGUAUAGGUCAGUAAUAAAUAUAGAGGAAGGGGAAAACUGUUAUUCCCAAUCAGGAACACACGACAAUGAUAGCUUUGUAGAAAUGUUAUGUUUUAGAUUGACAGUAAAGCGCAGUUACAGUUCCCUUUGAUGUUUCUUUAUGUUGGGACUCUUCAUAUCAGGUGAAUAUGAAGAUUCCUGAUGGAAUAAUCUAAUAAACAGCUGAUUUGCUCUGUA